AUCAGCGAUCAGCGCGGAUUUGUUGUUGUUUUUGUAGAAAAAAUAUUUUAAAUAAAUUCUUUAGAUCACAGCACAGUAAUUAUGGGUACAGCUACACAACUUACCCAGAACAAGAGGAUAACUCUCAAGCGCAAGCGACCCAAUCCGCUGUUUCAAGAGUGGCUGGAAGAGUUGCAUGAAGAAGCAGAAUCUAAAGGCAGCAAGUUGGAGCCAAUGUUAAAGGAAGCCCUGGAGUCUAUAUCCAAGUACCCUUUACCCCUGAAAACUGGUGCUGAAUGUGCAAUCCUCAGGGGUUUUGAAAAGAAACUUUGUCUAUUUCUAGAUAAACGCUUGGAAGUGUAUAAUAGUAAUAAAAGUUUAGAGAACCAGAAGCAGCACACAAAAUCAAAUUCAAAUGAAAAUUUAAAUCUACAAUGCUCUGUAGUUUUAGAGAAAGACUCAAAAUUAUAUUGUAAUGCUCCACAAACAUUAUCAAAGAACAAAGAAAAUUCAGAAGAUAAAAAUGAUGAAGAAUCAAUAGAUAAAUUGCCAGCCCCUUCAAGAUCUAAUAGUAGCUCUCAAGAUCCACCUAGUCAAAAAACGUCUAAGGAGCGAAUUUAUAAACCUGCUUUUAGAUCUGGUGGCUAUGCUAUACUACUGGGAUUGCUGGAAAAUCUGCAGGAGAACCCAAGUGAGCCAGCCCUUGCAAAAGAAAAUCUAAUUGAGAAGGCCCAAAAAUACAGUGAGGAGUCUUUUGUACGGCCUAAGCCAGAGUCAUUCUACACAGCAUGGUCCAAUAUGUCAAGAUUAGUGUCCAAGGGACUGGUGGAAAAGAGUAAAAAGAAAAAAGUUGUUUAUUCAUUAUCAGAACAAGGAGUCCAACUAGCUAAAAUACUUAUAAAUGAGUCAAAAGACAGGCCUACAGAUAAUGAUCUAAUUUUUAACACUGGGUCUAUAGGGGAAACAAAUGACAGUCAAGAAAGUGGUAUCAGUAGGAACACAGAUAGCGGAAUGUCUUCUCAAGUUGGCUCCCAAACGAGUACAGCAGAUCAAGCCUGUAUAGAAAUGCCAGCUGGAUCUUUUGAAGUUAUUUUGUUAAUUGAUAAGAAUGAAACUGGAGGAGUGACAAAGAAGAAUGAUCCCACAGUGGCACAGUUCAACAAAUACCCCGACUUAAAACAUGAAUACAGAAGUCUCAAAGUUGGUGACUUCACUUGGGUGGCUAGACAUAAAGAAAGUAAGGAAGAGCUGGUACUACCAUACGUAAUUGAGAGGAAGCGUAUGGAUGAUCUGGGUGCCAGUAUCAAGGAUGGAAGGUUCCACGAACAAAAGUUCCGACUAAGGAAGUGUGGGUUGAAAAAUGUUAUCUAUAUGGUUGAAAACUAUGGAGGCAACAAACAUGUCGGCUUACCAAUCCAGUCUUUGAUGCAAGCAAUGGCAAAUACAAGGGUCCAAGAUGGAUUUAAAAUUCAUAUGACUAAUUCUUUGAGCAAUUCUGCCAGAUUUCUGGCUAUGAUGACUAAAAGAUUGACUAUUGAAUAUAAGGAUCAGUGUUUGUUUGGAUACAACAGGGAACCAAUCAACAAGGACUUCAUGACAUUCAAGUAUUUCAAUAAAUCUGCAGCCAAGACCAAGCCUCUAACAGUCACUGAAACAUUCAUCAAGUUAUUACUCCAGUUAAAAGGAGUUUCUGUAGAAAAAGCUUUAGCAAUAACUAAUGUAUAUAGCACACCAGCUAAUUUGAUAAAGGCCUAUGAGAAUUGUAAUAGCAAAGAGGGAGAAAUGCUGUUAGCAUAUCUGAAGUAUGGCAACACCAGCCGGAAUGUUGGCCCUAUAGUUAGCAAAGCAAUAUAUCAAUUAUUUAGCAAAAGAGUAUUGUCAUAAGCCUGUUUGGUGGUGACUAAUGAUUGGUCUAACUAAAUAUUUAAAUUUAAGCACCUAUUUAUUACUAUGAUAGUCUUUAGGGAAUGUGUUUUAUAAGCCUAGCCUGCGACUUGGUCUGCGAGUAUUUCAAGAUUUUAAGUCUCGUGAAAGACUCAAAAAUUUUCGGAUUGGUUAAAUAAAACUGUGGUUGGUUAGUCAUGGAGAUAUUUUAGGAAAUUAAAUUACUGUAUCCACUGAUAGGGAAUAAAAAAAUAAUCACCAUCUGAUUCUCUCGCAUAAUUUAAUAAGCAUGAUAUGUUAAUAAGUUUUGCAGAGAAGUGGUGAUUAAUAUCGCAAUAUAAUCGAAGUGGUACUAAAGGCUGAUGAUAUUAGUAGCUCGU